GCUUGCAUAACCACCUAUCUCUUUUUCAUCUGGUUUCCAGUGUAAGCAAGGACUAACAGAAACAAAUUCAAAAUGAUGGCCUAUCCUCCACCAGGGGGUUACAAUCCCUAUGCUUACCAGAAUCCUUACCAACAGAACCCAUAUAGUGGAGGUUAUACAUAUUCAAACUCUGCCUACAAUGUUAAUUAUGGUCAGCAACAACAAGCAUACAACCAAUAUUAUUCUCAACCACAGAUGCAGCAAGCACCACCAUCACAGCAAACAAAUAUUGUGUACAACAUGAUGUUUAACAGUGAUGCAGCUUUUCAGCUAGCUGGUGCUGAAUGUUUAGGAAUGGAUUUAGAUGAUGUUGAGGUCUCUGAUGUAGAGGAUGAAGAAGAUGAAGGAGAUGAGGAGGAAGAGGUUAAGGAAACUAGGAAGAAGUUCAAGAAGAAGUGCAAAAAAAGACAGAAAAUUGCACAGAAAGUAGCAGAAAAAUGUGCAGAAGAAGAUGAUUUUCUAGAAAAAGUUCGCUCAGCAUACAUAGCCCGCUUGGCUAGUCAUUUAGCUAAGGAUGGUACUAUUGACCCUACAGAAGGAACUGUUAAGCCGUAUAAGACAUACACUGCAGAAGACCCAGUUGUACCAUUCAUUAAAGAAAAAGAACCAGAUACAGAUUUAACAGGCCAGGAUUGGGAUGCUGAAAGAGAUUGCAUGUAUUUUGAUGAAGCUAUGCAAGGAUUAGGAACAAAUGAGGAAGCUAUUAUACAUAUCUGUGCAACAAGAUGUAACAGUCAACGUCAAGAGUUAAAGAAAAUGUUUAAAACAGCAUUUGGAAAGGAUUUAAUUGAAACUUUGAAUGGGGAAGUAAGUGGUGAUUUCAGUGAAGUUUUAAUUGCCCUGUUUGAACCACCAGCUUUGUAUGAUGCCCUGAACAUUAAGAAGGCAAUACAGGGACUAGGUACUGAUGAAUCUGUAUUGAUUGAGAUUUUAAUGACCAGGACAAAUGCACAAAUUGAGGAAAUGAAAUCUGUUUAUGGAAAUAUUAACCCUGAUGACUGUGCCACAGAUAAAGAUUUAGAUUGCAACAUAGAGGAUGAUACCAGUGGAGACCUAAAAAGAAUUCUCAUUUCUGCUGCACAGGGGAACAGAGCUGAAGUUAAAGAAGAGAAGUUAAAUGAUGCUGUGGUACCAGUCAUGUUUCAUGAUGAGGAAACAGAUGAAGAUUUACCUACUGGUGCCUUUACGAUUGAUAUGGAAAAACUGAUUAAUCCUGAAAGAGCUCAGGCUGAUGCUGAAGUCCUGUUUAAUGCUGGUGUUGAUAGUUUUGGUACAGAUGAGGAUGAUUUUAUCAGAAUAUUUGCUCUUAGGGAUACCUAUCAGCUGAGGGAAACUUACAAUAGAUAUGUUAAGCUGACGCAAUGUGACAUUGAAAAUUCCGUGGAGGGGGAAUUUUCUAGCCACACACAGAUGGCGCUGAUAACUUUAAUUAAGAGCAUAAAAUGCAGGCCAAAAUACUUUGCUGAGAGACUAACAUGGACCAUGGAAGGGUUAGGUACCAAGGACAAAGAUCUUAUCAGGAUUAUUGUGGGCAGAUCUGAGAUUGAUAUGGUGCAGAUAAAAGAAAUUUUCUUAGAAAAGAACGGGCAAACUUUAUGGAACUGGAUUAAGGAUGACUGUUCAGGCGAUUAUAAGGCCUUGUUGCAAAGAAUUGUGGGAAAAGAUUAAUAGAAAGAACCAAUAGCAUACUAGUUUGCAAUGGGACAUUAUUUUUGUUUGUAUUAUCGAUAUUUAAUGAUUUGUAACACAUGUAUUUUACAAAGUGCAACUCCAUGUAAUUUAAGGGGGUAGACAGGGUACCUAUUUGGAGACUUGGAGAAUAAAGAUGACAGAAAUAGGAGGGGAAGAAAAAUAAAAGUAAUGGUAUCAAAAAUGAAAGGUUGGGAAAAUUGUAUUCCCUGUCCAUCCUCUGUAAAAUACUGUUUCCAUGUUGACGCAUCACUUUUUUUUUUGCUGAAAGUGUUAAGAAAUUUGGGGUUUAUUUUGAUAUUUACUCCACUUUGCUAAUAAUUCAUAGAAAUAUUGAUGUUUUCUGUGAAAUGUCCUAACUCUUUUAUUUAUGGAUUUCGCUGAAAAAAACAACAAAUCAAAAAUCACUGUAAUAUUCAAGAGUUUCAUUGGGUAAUAUUUCCUCAAGCCAACAAUGGCUAGUGUCAUCAGUUAAAGAAUCUUACAAAUACUUUUUAGCAAGUCAGAAAAAAACCAAUGUCCAGAAAUAAAGUGAAUUGCACAGUAAAUGAGUUAUGAUAAUCAUGUGUAGUGUAGUAUUAUCAGAAGAUAUUUUUAGAUGUGUUUUUUUUUGUCUGUGAUAUUGUAUGUUUUUACAGUGCCAUAUUUUUCAGAAUUUUAUUUCUAUGUUUUACUAUAGGGUCAUUUUGUUCAAAAAGAUAUAAAGUAUUCAUGAAAGGCACUUUUUAUUCUUAAGUCAUGAAAGUUGUAACUUACUUUUAUUACCAUUUUUGAGUAUAGUUUAGAUUUAGGAAAAAAAAAUUACCGGUAUGUAGUUUUAAUGAAAGAAAAUAUAUAAUAAAUUUCUGGUUAAUGAUCAAAAUACUAUUGACAGCUGAUUCUUAGGUUGAUGAAUUAAAAACAUAACUGAGAUUUGAGAAUCAUGAAAAGAUAUUAUAAUAUAUAAAUCAUGAAAAUGGUAAAAACAUACAGAACUUAAAAAUACAAUCCCAGAUGGGAGAUAACUCAGUUAUUACCAAAUGUUCAAGAUUAGAGAAGCAAAUAACAAUGAGCAUGAUGAGUGCAUUUAAUAAAGAAAAUUCAUUAGAUGUAUCCAAAUUGAUUCUCAAAAUAUAAAAGCACUCAGGCCUUUCCUUGCAUCACCCCAAAAAAUGUGUCACUUUCAAGAACAUUUAUCAUAUUUUUGACUCGUGAGCCUGUAAUACCUUUUUUUUUCUGUGGCCUACUAUGAGUUCCCUUUUUUUUUAAAAAAACCCUGGAUCAACCACUGAUAAUUAUGAAUUUCAAAGUGCCUUUCAUGUGUGCCACUUUUUUUUUAAGAGCUUUGAUUCGUUAUCUAAACAAUCUUCAUGAAUGGCAACAUUUUCAGCUAUGAUUUUGAUGAUAUUUGGAAACUUAUUAUUUUUAUAUAAAUGUUUAUAUAUUAGUCUGUGCCAUAUUUUACAUACUGUUUUUAUUAUUUACUUCGGUUGUCAUAGAUAUUGUAUUCACAGUGCCAUUAGGUGUUUUUAUGAUUGCAAUAAACUUGUGUUUGCAACUGUACAUUUGUACAUGUAUUUAACCUUGUAAAAGAAAGGUUUUCUUACCAACAUUUAAUUAAUUUGCAAUGGACUUAUCAGAAAAAGGCAUAUGGUUGCAGUUAUACUGAUCUAGAGAUCUGGCAAGAAAAAAGUGAUUGGUUCUCUAUGAAGAAAUAUUUUUUGUUGUUUGCAAUAUCUGCCCAUGUUUCCAGGCUUUUUUCAAGAGUACUUUGUAAUUUUAUCUCUUUGAUAAAUUUUGAACGUAAAAAAUGUAUGGAGGAAGGUAAAUGUAAGAUAAACAACUACUUCUUGGUGUUAUUUUUUUGUCUCAAUUAUAUAUAGUACAUCUUCAAUCCCAGAAUUUGAAUUUUGAAUAUAUUGAAGUGGGAGGGGGUGCAAUAAAACAUGAAUUCAUGAAUGUGCAGAGCACAUGAGUUAAAUUUCAUGUUUUGUCAAAAGUUGAAAUUUUUGCAAUAUGUGCACUCUGAUUAGUUAUUUUAUUUAUUAGAUAUAAGAAGAUGUGGUAUGAGUGCCAAUGAGACGACUCUCCAUCCAAGUCAAAAUUUAUAAAAGUAAAUUUUAUUUAUUGCAUGCAUUUGGCUAAUGAUGUUAAUAAAGUAGAAAAUGCAAGGAACUAUUAAUUUUUUUGUAUGUGUUCUCUCUUCAUUUUGAUGCAACAUUGUUGAAAUCUAUUGUUGAAUGAUGUAAGAGGGGUGAAAUACAAGAUUUUUUUUUUUUCACAUAUGAAAUAUUGGAUUUUUGUUUGACGGGAAAAUCAAAUUUCAUUGCAACAAAAGUGGUUAGUUUAAAGUUCACACUCUGAGUUAUCCAUUUGAAUUUAUACUCAUUUUAAUGAGAAACUGUGUAAUUGUUAUGGUUCUUGAGUAAAGUAAUUUUGAAUGAUAUAUUUUGAAAGCACCAAAAGGACAGUGCAAAGUAUUGUGAUAGCAUUUUUCCCUAAUCCAUUUUCAUAAUGUUAUUUUGAAUUAAUUUCAUGAUUAUGAUCUUCUCAACAAAUUUUAAUCAAUUUACCUUGAAUCUCAUUUAACCAGUAAAUACCUUUUUAAAUGUCUUGAUAUUUUAUUCUUUUAAAUCAAUAGCUUGAAUCUCAGAUUUGUUGAUAAUGUAUAUUUAAAGCACUUUGAUUUUCUAAAGAUGUUAAAGGCUAAACAAUGGCAGUUAUCAGACUUUAUACUUUUAUUCAGCAAUGUUUUGUACAAUGAAACCUUGCAUUCUGGGACUUCUUUUUCUACUUGUUUUGGUUCACAUUAUGAGUAUAGUGAUUGAAUUUUUCAAGAACCAUGCAUCCUGGUGUAUUUGUAUUCCAACUUCUCUUGGUGAUUUAUUCAUUUUCACUGGAUUCUUGUAGGGAUCAAAAUGUUGAGGAAAUAAAAGUGCGUGUAAAUGCAUGUACAAUCCAAUUCAUGAAAAUAUUCACAUGCCAAAAUUUAGAUCAAAUUAUGAAAUGUACAAUAUGCAUAGCAAUAUUCAUCUUUAAAGAAUUUUAUGGUAUUUCUAUAGAACACAAUAUAGAUAAACAUGUUAAAUGUAAUUUGUUUUUUGUUUCUUCAUCAAGCCUCUAAAUGAUUAAAGUACAGCUAUCACUGA